AUGGCUCAGAAGCGGACACUAGACGCGUUCUUUACGGUGGUGCCGAAACGACGCAAGGAGAAUGAGCCAGAUCAGGAUGCCCAGGCUGGUCACUCAGCGCACCCGGCAUACCCCUUCCCGAUAGCCAACCUGCCGGCCCUGAUGGUGCGGGACGUGGCGUCCCUCCCAGCUCGUCCGGGAAGACGCAUCAACGACCAGCCAGACCUGGACUUGCUCUAUUUUGAGCCGUACAUCCCAGCAUACCUGGGCAAGCAGAUGUUCGACUUCCUACGGUCAGAGCUACCUUUUUACAGGGUAGAGUAUGACAUUAAGCGCGGCGGGUAUCAAACACACAUCGUCACACCUCGAUGGACAACGGUAUUCGGGCUGGACGACACGUCGUACUUUGACGCCGCCGGCGCCGUCACAGACAAAUUAUCCACCAUGAAAGCCAACGACAAGCGGUACGAUCGCUACCCCCCGCGUCCUAUCCCGCAGUGUCUGGAUGCCCUCCGCAAAUCAACCGAAGCAGCAACGAAUUGCAAAUUCAACUUUUGCCUCGUCAACUACUACGCUUCCGGGGCGGACAGUAUAUCCUUCCACAGCGAUGACGAGAGAUUUCUCGGCGCAGAGCCGGCGAUUGCCUCGUUUUCACUCGGUGCCCGGCGGGAUUUUGUAAUGAAGCACAAGGCCCCCCGGCCCGGUGAGUCGGCGGCCGCAACGGAGGCCAGGAGGGUCAAGUUGGCGCUGGGCAGCGGCGACAUGGUUCUCAUGAGGGGGGCGACGCAGUCGAACUGGCUUCACUCUGUUCCCAAGCGGACGGGCAGAAACCAGGAUGACGGGGGGCGUAUAAACAUCACGUUUCGGAGGGCCAUGGUCAAGGACGGGACGGAAAAUUACUACAACUACAACGUCGGGAGGGGUCCUGUUUAUCGAUGGGAUAAGACGAGUCGGCAGAUGGUCUUGUGGGAACGUGGCUAG